AUGGGAGAUGAGACAGGCGCACCUCGGAAAACGAAGGCUUUGGAUCCUCGCUCCUAUUGUCGGUUUUUGUUUGUUCGUGUCGUGGAGCUGAAGGUCGGGGACAAGCUGAAGCGUUUACUGCGACGAGGGAAAGAAUUGGUUCGGAAAGCGAGUGUGUUUUACAGCAAUACUCGCAAUGAAUACGGACGCGUGCAAGUAGUUCGCAGACACCCCUUCAGAUCCACUUCCAAUGACCUGUGUCAAGCUUUUGCACGUUGUAAUGUGGAUUUGCAACGAAAUGAUCGUGUCGUACCAAGUGAGGCGCCGGAGUUCAGCCUAGUCGAUUUGAAGCCUGUGCAGUUCUUCUAUGGACACGCUCGAUUGUCUGCGGAUGCGCGGCGUAUCCUCGCAUGUUUGGCAGAAGGGGUGCGAAGCUCGCACGUGUGCGAUUUCUACAUGACCAAAUAUCUCGCCAAGGGUCAGCAAGUUCUUGCAAGUGCCAUUACUCCUGUUCUGCACGGCUUGGAACGUUUGGAUGCAGAGAUUGCAGCAGGGAAAAAGAUCUUGGGCACCACCGAGGACCUAGCGCGUGCCAAAUUGCGGCGGAUUUUGUUUAGCGCCAACCGCUCUCAUUGGUUUUCCUCUUGUGAGCUUGCAAUCUUCGUCCUGACUGGUGGGCACAGCGUUGCCACACACAUCGACCGUCCUUUGUUUUUGAGCAAGGUUUUUUACUUGCUGGAAGAAGGCAAACGCCUGUGGAACGGAGCACUGGCCGGCGAUUUCGUGCAAGAGGCGGCUCGUCCAGCUGAUGUGGACGUGGUACAUGUGGUUCCAUUGCCGAGAGAAUCCACCAAACGUUCUGCGGAGCGCAGUUCCUUGGAACAGGACGGUUGUCACUCCGAAGACAAGAAACGACGGAUUUCCGAGUCGAGGUCUACAGCCGCAAGUGGUGAACAUGUUGAAGGAGAUGGUGCGGUUGCGGUGGAUGCAUCAUGUCUUGAAGUUGCGAAGACUGGAGAUGAAGCAUGUGUGGGUGCACCGUGUUGUGAGCGCGUGGACAUGGAGCCGGAACAACCUGGUGUUCGGAUGUUUCGCGCCACUGCUUCAACCUUCGAUGAUUGGCUGCAUCGUGGAUUCUUCCUACAAGAUUUGAAUUUUCACAGUUAUGUCGCGUAUAUUGAAAUCGUUCCUCGCCAACAGGGUAAGUUGGGCGAUUGUUUCCUCUUUGAUGAGCAUUAUCUGAAAGCAAAAACCUACUGGCAGCGGUUGGCUCCUCGUAUGGCCGUGCCACGCGUGGUAGGCGCAGCUUGCAGUCGCACGGACGUAGGGAAUGGUGAAGAAAACGCUCGCUACAAGUUGACCCUGUUUGGAUUGAUGCGUUGUCCCGGAGUGGGUGCCUGUGCUGACCCUGUGAGUUUGGCUGCAGCCUAUGUGUGUAGCCAGCAGACUCAGGAUAUUCGAUUCUCUCCUGCUUGGCGUCUUCGACGCGCGGAAGUGGAAGUUUUGGCCACUGAAGCUGAUCGGGAAAUUCGCAUAGCGAAGAAGUUACCCACACUGGCAGAUACCACGACGUUUCGCUGUCUGGAAGGUAAAGGUUUCACUUGGUGUCACAUUUUGGUUUCCCAAGCUCUGUACCAUGGACAUAACAAACAUGUCUGCGUCGGAACGCAAAAUUUCCAGAAGCUUGUCGUCUGUAUUUCUGCUUAUUUGGCACCAGUCGCGGAUACAUUCGCGGCGGAACAGUUACAUCUGGCUGAGUUUGUUGCGCGUAGAACACGGGACAUGGUGUUCCGCUUGGACAUGCAUACAGAAGCUCGAAACACUGCCAUUCAGAUAGCCAAGGACAAGACGACCGCGAGUGUCGAAGAUGAUACCGCGUCUGUUCGUUCGGACCAUCAACAGAUCAUGGUCGAGAUCGAAAAUGUCGGUGGUGAACCCGACGCUGUCGAAGAUGACCGAGUGGGUGAAGCGAACGUGGAGCGACCCAUGGCAGGAGGCAUUGAACUCAUGACGCUCCUGCCGCAGGACUGCUAUGAUCCAGAUGCCGUGCGAGCACAUCUGCUGCAUGUCUCAGAGUUGGAAUCCGCAAAGCAGCGUGGCACCCGGACUUCGGAUGCAGUGCGCUUCAUGUUGGAAGUGGAGAAAGCAUUGAACACAAAAGUGGCACUUUGCCAUGAACACUUUCCCGUGGAGGACUCUGGAGGAUGGAUGCCACAAGCGUCCGUUGAGCUUUUGUUGUCUGCUCAGCAACAACGUGUGGAGUUCUAUCGCAAAAUGGAUUCAGCAGAUGACGCAGCGGAGGACGCGACCGUUGCGGUUGCACACGCAGAAGAAGAAGCGGUUGUGCGCUUGGUGGCGGCGGAUCUGCGACUGCGCGGUCCGGCGGCGGUGGCGAAAGUGUUGGCCGACAGAGCCACUUUGAACCGCGAUCAACUUGGCUUCGUCGCCAUUGUUGCAAAAAUUCUGCAAGAUGCCUUUGAAUCACUUCCGCCAAGUGGCGAUGGUAUGCUCGCCAAGGAUCGUGUUCUGUUGCGAUGUCUGCUGGUUGGAGGCGGUGGAUGUGGGAAGACUCGGAUCAUCAACAUGGUUUUAAGACCGUUGUUUGAAGCAGUCUUUGGUGAUGGUUCCAUGCAAGCGCAGGCGCCUUCGAACAAAGCCGCUCGUCAGAUUCAUGGCCGAACCAUGCACAGCGCAAACAAGCUGCGCAAAGAUUCAUCUUUGCGGACCGUGCAUUUGCGUGUUUCCGCAGAGACACGGAAGGCUUUGGAAUGCAACACUGUCCCGCUGGCUGCCAUCGUCAUCGAUGAAUUCUCUCAAUGCAUUGGUCAGAUGCUGCAUGCGGAUGCGCUGCGGAAGUCUUAUGGUCGGCAAAGGGCCCUGGGGCUGGAGCUUCAUCGUUAUGCGGAAUUGGACGAGAGCUGGGGGCGUAUGCCGGUGGUCGUCAUUUCUGGGGAUGAACUGCAAUUACCUCCUGUUCCUUUUUCGCAUUCCUUGCUUGCCAGUGUGGAUGGAACCAGCGAUGAACAUAAAGCCGGCGUGCAUCUCUUCGGUCAAUUCCGUUAUGUGUACCGCCUGCAGACGGCCAUGCGUUUCCAGGAUCCAGUUUUGGAAUGUAUCCUGAGGAAAAUGCGAACUCCGGGUGGUGCGUUGUUGACGCAGAGCGAAUGGCAGGCGUUGGUGAAUACCAACAUCAGUGGAUCCGGCGACAGCGCUCGCUUGUCCGGCACUGAGCAUUUUUUCCAAGCUUGCUACACUUGGUCUGUGGUUAGCAUGGCCUAUACCAUUCGCAGUUUUGAAUCAGCAAAAGCAGCGGGCAAGACCUUGUAUGCCACUCGUGCUGUUGACAUGAUCCAAAAUCUGCAGGCCGACAAAGCUGCUGCUAUCGCCCGGGCUGUGGUUGCGCACCCAAACAUGAACGAGACCGGACGGCUUCCUCACUAUGGUCUCUAUCACGUUGGUAUGGAAGUGCGCUUCACUCAGACAGUCGCUGCUCCUCAUGUGGUGGUAGAUACAAUUGGAAUCAUUCGGGGUUUUGCGUUUGCUUCGGAGGAUCGGAGUCGCACUGAUUUGCAUGCAUCUUUCGUCGUUUUGCGACGCUUUCCGGAAGCUAUUUAUGUGGAGCUGCAAGAUGUGCCGCAGAAAUUUCUGCCCGAUGAAGCCUGUCUUGAACAUACACCGCACAUGGACGCCGAGUGUGCUGCAUGCUUGCGGAUGCGUGGCGUGUUUUUGGUGCGACCAUAUACGAAUCAACAAGGUUGGUCGCUGAAAGUGACGAUCCCUGGAUCCCUUGCUACUGGUACAGAAGAAGAGAUCUCUGUCAAGAUUCGUAGGACGCAGAUUCCGUUGGUGACUGUGAAAGCCAGUACUUUGCAUGUGUUGCAAGGUACAACGACAGAUCCUGGUUUGAUCUUUCAUUGGCGCUUCCCUCGUCGACUCCAAGCAGACAUGAGGUGGUUGGCUGCAUAUGUGGCCUUGUCACGUGUGCGCUCCUUGGAUCGUCUGCGAUCUGUCGGUCUCGACAAUAAGAUUCGUGCCAUCUUGGAACAAGGACCUCCAAAUACUUUGCCUGCCGCCGCGCGACACGGUCGGUUUGUGGUCCAAGUAAAGUUUCAAAAGGUGGAAGAGUACACAUAUACCCGGCAAGGCGCGCCGACCAAGGGAAAGCGGUUGCACGUGCUGUUUGCUAGCGCGGAAGAAGGUGCAUAUGUGUCUGGUCGCAUGGUCAUGUGGCAACAGAAGUCUGGCGAGUUGGAAGCUGCGGCUGCGCGCUUCCAGGUGGGUUUGCACUUCGAAAUGAAAUCUGUCGUCUUUCUCCAGAAAGAGGUAGCCGAAUAUAUUCACACUCCGUUGAAAGUGGUUCUGGAUCUGCGACAGACUCACUUCGAUUCGGUUCUACAGGGACAAUUUCCCAACUUUUGCCUGGGCCCACCGACACGUCUGAAAGACAUUCUGGAGUUAACAGAUGGUCGACAACGCUUCGAUAUCACGAGUCUCGUGCGGCUGCGCGGAGACCCGCGUACCGUAACCACCCGGCAGGGUCAACGUGUGGCGCAGGACAUCGUGCUUCGAGACGAUUCUUGUGUGCAAGACGGACAUCGGGCAGAGAUCACCACGUCCAUUUUCGCGGAAUCACAAGCGAAACUGGAAGAAUUUAUUGCUUUGGUGAAUCUGGAAAAGCCGUUGACUUUCUUUGGCUUCGAUGUGCAAGUCCGUGGUGCUGAAAUCAAGGUCACUCCAUCUUUUCAAGACUUUCGCUGUGAAGUGGCUGUCUCCGUCCGUGCGGCUGCGCAGGACGAAAGACAGAACGAGAUUUGGAAGGAAGCAGGGCAGACGCUGACGCAUGAAUGGCAGCCCUCGGUUUCUACGGACUACUCAAGCAAAGAAGGCUUUUUAUCCUUUUGUGCUUUGCUGGAUGCUUAUAGCCAACAAGACGCAGCUGCCUUGCAUGGCAAGUUGUUUCAACUCAACAACAUCCAUGUGCCUUACCCACCGGAGCACCACACGGUGGAACGACGUGUGUUUUGGUCCACACGGAUUCGAGAUUGUAGCGGCAGCUUGGAAGUCGCCAUUCGACAAAAGGCAGCCUGCCAGCUCGCCAAAAUCGAUACAGCUGAUCACGAGAAUGCCGUCAUGGAGUUCAAUAGUCAGCAUGGCGGUGACCUGUUAUCGUGGCCUUUGCUUGCCAGUGUCAAGAUCUUGGUCACACUUCGUGGUGACAAUGACUCUGGUGCCACACAGGCGACUGACAGCGUCUCCACGACGAGUUCCUCGAAGCGGAUGCGCUUCUUAGUUGUGGAAGCUUCGGAGCAGGACCUGCAAGCGACGCCCACAAAGGCUGUGCUGGCCGUUGUUCAUGCCUUGAGCCAUGUGCCGUGCAGCGGAGACGCGUUUGCGGCUGCAUUGCUGUCGCAAUUGACCAAGAAUAGUUUUGGCGUUUUUCAAGUGCAGCCAGAGGUUGUGGUAGCGCACCUGGAGACUGGUGCCUUGGAACGCCACGCUAAACGUCGCCGGGUUACUUGUGCGAAGGCCUUGGUGAUGCUUCUUUCGAAAGAACGGACGCAGCAAGAAGCGUUGGGCUCAGACAGUUAUGGCAUUCGGUUGGUGACCAAGAAUGUUCGCGACGCUUUGGCUCCAGAUGCAGGCCCUGUGACUGUGGUGGCAUAUUGUCAGCGACAUGCUUUGAAGGAUUUCAUUUUGGAUCCUCCACGGACUGGAACCAAAACCCAAUACGCUCUGGCAUUGAUCUCCGAUCUGAGCACUACAUCAAGUGAAACCACAUAUGUGGUGGAACAAUUGCAGUUGCUGCAAGAAGGCGAUGCAGAAGCUGCAAUGAUAUGUCUGCGGCGUUUGGAGCAACUGACUGCCUUGAUCGCUUCUCGUCAACAGACGUCGGAUCCCCUACCAGCCUGGACGGACACAUUGGCGGAGAGUGCCUCCCGCAUCGCUUGUCCACGCAUCUCGGCCUAUCCCGCAGGGGACACAUGGGAGAGUCCAGUGAAGGCGUCCCAGGAGGUACCGUUCACGGCAGCUGACACCCCGGGCACAGGCUAG